CUGGUGUCUCCCGCUCUGCCGCCUCCUGCCCGUCCGUAGCUUUCCUCUGCUCUCUCACUGGGUAGAGGAGACUGCCAGCGCCCGGCUGAUGCUAUGAUUGAGCUCUCCAGGCUCGAACAAAACCUUGAUGAGGCAGUGCCUCUGAACGGGACGGUUCCUCUAGAGACCAGUGUCCAGGUGGAGUACCCCGAGCCAGCCCAGGCUAGACGACAAAAUUGCUGGAAAUUCUUCAAUGAACCUGUGAAGAGGAAGUAUAAACUGUGGAUGGCAAUUGUUUCUAUCUUCAUAGGCCUCAUUGUAGUAAUUUUUAUAAGCUUGAUUAUCCAUGAAGCAAGCUACAUAGAUGAGGAUGAAAAUGAAAUACUUGAAUUAGCAUCUAAUAAAACAUUCUUGGUCACACUAAAGAUUCCAGAAGAGUGUAUGGCUGAAGAGGACACAUUAUUUAAUGAGCUCAGUAAAAGGCUCACAAAUCUGUACAGUUCCUCUCCAGCUCUGAGUCGAUAUUUUGCUUCAGUUGAAAUAGCUGACUCUAGCUCUGUAUUUGAAUUGUUGUUCAGUAGUGACAAUUCCACGGUGGCAUACCACCUGUACUUUGCAGUUCCUUCGGAGGAUGACAUCUUCAUGAAGUAUAUGAUGAGUGAGGAGUUGGUGCUGGGCAUUCUACGUCAAAAUUUUCAUGAUCGGACUGUAUCAGGCUGUGAAACUCUGGGAAUUGACCCAGCUUCUCUGUCACUCUCCUAGUGAAAUGGAGUCAGACCCUUGGUUUCUGAAGGUCAUAGUCUUCUAAGUAUCUGUUACUUUUCUGGAAAGAGAAAACUCAUUUCAUUUCAGAGACAGAAAUCUGCUAACACCGUCAUUCUGAAGAUGGCAUUAACUAGAGGCUGACGCUGUCCUUUGGAAUCCUUAUCCUGCCAUGGUUGAGCAGUCCACUUGACUCUUCCUGUUCUGGGGCAGAAGAACACAUUGUUAUUACAGCCACAGAGAUGCCCUCUCCGCCGUAUGGAGGACAAAGAAGACGUCGUCUCCUGCAGCUAGCAGGAUGGUGUGUCUCUGGGAAUAGCAGCAUAGCGCCUGAGCAGCCCUAGCUGUACAAGCUUGUAAAGGCGGAUGGAAGUGGGAGGAAACGCUUGUGCAUGCAUUCAGUGGCCUGUCUCCUCACCAAACAGGAGCAUUUCUCAUGCACAUUUUUUCCCCUAGUAUGUGGCAGCUGCAUUUCCAAUUGUCAUUUGAAACAACCCUUAUAGGCAAUUGGUAGCUCAUUCCUCCACCAGGCCCCUGACAGGGGAAAGAAGGCUUGAAAUUUCCUAGUGGUGAGGGAAGAAUUGAGUCAAUUUGUCUGUAGGUUUCUGGACCACAGAUGAGGAUGAUGUGCUCUACCUCCUAGUACGGGUGUGCUUUACUUUGGGGUAGUGCAAAGCACUGAGUGAUAAAGCUAUGAUCACAUACAUGAGAUAGGAGGCCAUAGUGUACUAUUUGCCAUGCUAAUUUAAUCUUUGGGUUUGUUUUUUUUUUUUUCUAUAACACAGCAUUCUUUUGCUACUAUAGGUCAGUAUAUUGAUUCUGGUAUAUGGGUUACCCUGUUUGGGAACUGAGGGCAGUAAGGUGGCACAGUGGAUAGAGUGUUGGGCUUAGAGUCAGGAAGACUUCUUUCCCUAAGUUCAAAUCUGG